ACUCCAGGCGGACAGACGUUUGCAGCAGUGUCAGGACGAUCUCAGAGGGUCCCUUGUCACACCGUGACAGGAGCGGCUGUUGUUGACGUGUGUGUUGGUUAAACCAGCGGAGGCUGGAAGCGCUGCCUCUGGAUCUACUCCGCAACGCAUCUGCGCAGACAGAGACGAAGAGGCUGAAGAAGAAGAAGCCCCGCUGCAGUGUUGACCAAGAUGCCGUUUUCCUUUAACGGCAUCUUUUCUGCGCUCGCGCUGCUGCUGCUGUGGCGCGCGGACGAGUUCGCGGAAGCGUGCAGCUGCGCUCCGGUGCAUCCGCAACAAGCGUUCUGCAACGCCGAUGUAGUUAUCCGUGCAAAGGUGGUGGGGGAAAGAGAGGUGGAUUCUGGGAACGAUAUCUAUGGAAACCCCAUCAAGAGGAUCCAAUAUGAUGUCAAACAAAUCAAGAUGUUUAAAGGGCCUGACCAGGACAUUGAGGCGGUUUUCACUGCACCAGUUUCUGCUGUGUGUGGUGUUACCCUGGAUACAUCUGGAAAAAAAGAGUACCUGAUCUCAGGCAAGGCCGAGGUGGGCGGACGUAUGCACGUGACCCUGUGUGAUUACAUCAUGCUCUGGGACUCCUUGAGCGCCACCCAGAAAAAGAGCCUCAGCCAGCGCUACCAGAUGGGCUGUGACUGCAAGAUUGUGCGUUGUCCCUCCCUGCCCUGUGAGAUCUCAGCCCCCGAGGAGUGUCUGUGGACAGACCUGAUGAUUGAGAAGCAGGUGCACGGACGUCAGGCCAACCACUACGCCUGCGUCAAGCGGGCGGACGGCUCCUGCUCUUGGUACCGUGGUGUCGCGCCACCCAAGAAGGAGUUUCUGGACGCAGAGGACCCUUAAAUCUGCAAUCUGACAGAGAUAAAGGGAAAAAAGGCAAUUGAAAUAAUAAUUAAAAAAAAACAUUAGGCUAUUUAAAAAUGUAAAGCUAUUGUGAUAUAAAUUAGCUGCUGUUCUGAAAAUAACUUUUAGCCUUUUGUUUGAUGUGACCACUUUUCAUGCUAAAGUUUCUCAUGAUUAAACAACUCAGAAGUGGCUCAAAAGUUUUCCUUGGAUGCAGCAUCUUUGUAAAAACCAUGUAAUGACAUCAUGAGAUGUAGGCUGUGUUGGAAAUAUUCACUCUGUCAUCAUAUAAAGUUCAAUAUACAGUGGAAUAGCUGUUUUGCAUUUUAAAGUUUAGUACUUAAAAUUAAGUAUCUCAUAAAUAAACACCAGCAAGAUAUAGCACCCCAAAUAUGAGGUGACAGCAUUAUUUCACUGUUUUGGACUGAAAACUAAUGGGAGUUAACAUCAUUUCACUUCGUUAACAAAUACAUUUUUGUACGAAAAUCUGAUUAACCCUUGUGUAGCGACUCAAGCAAAGAAAAGACUACACCAGUUACUAUAUCACAGUUUCAAUAUACAGAAAUUGUAAGUAUUACCCAUGAAAUCUGUUCUGCAUCUCAUCCCAAACAGCCAUUUUAGGAUUGAACCCUGUAUGCUAAAACUUGAGAAGUAAGCACUUGUUUGCUGCUUAAUUUUAUGUUACAGUUAUCAACGUGGCUUUAGCAUAUUGUUUAGACUUGACAACUCAUAUUUUAAAUAUGGUUUCAAUACCUAUUUUCUGAAACUCUAAAUCUGAAAAUCCAAAUAAUUAGCAUGGACAUUAGCAGUAACUGCUAAUGUAAGCAGCUAACAGUUAGCUAGGAUGAUUAAGUGCUAAUUGCUUAAAAAUAGCUUUAACUCAUCUUUCAAGUUAUUGAAUUAAAAUUUUAAAGUUGUCCAUGAAUGCAACACAACCAAAGUUUACAACGCUGUUUUGCACACUUUAGACUACUACAGGUAGCUGCUGCUAAGUUAGCAAUUAGCAUGCUGGCUAUGGUGGUUUGGUCAAAUAACAACCAACGUAUUGGCCAAUUAUUUGGUAUUAUCUUUCACUCAUUUUUAUGUUAUUAAAUGAAAACUUUCUGUAUUUCCUAGAAAGCAAAAUAAUCAGAGUUUAAAGUGCGGUUUUAUACAAUUCAAGCAAUCUUUAGCUGCCACUAGCAUUAGCAAUUAGCAUCCUGACGUUAGCAGUGCCACUUAGCUAAGAUAAUAGCUAACUUAUUAUGUUACUGCUUCAUAUUAGCUUUGACUCAUCUUUCAAGAUCUUAAAUGAAAGCUUUAUGACUGUCCUAAUCAAAGUAUAAAGUGCUGUUUUUACGCCUCCAUCUACAGUUAACUACUGCUAACAUUAGCAGUUACCAUGCUAAUAUUAACGGUUAGCAUAUUCUGCUGCCUCAAACCUAAGUGGAUUAUACCAGUUUGGACCAAUAUGGUAUACAUUCCCUGUAUUCAACUUCAUACAAUGGCUGAAGUACUUGUAGCAGACUUUAGAAUGAAGGAGUGGACAAUUUGAACACAGCUAUACAUUAGUGGAGUGAUGGUGGAACUUCCUCCUGAGGCUGGCGUUAGGAGGUAAUAGUUUCUCGCUGAGACAGAGCUCUUCCUGUCCAAAAAAAGCUCUAUAGCAGAGCAGCAGCACCCCGUCAAUCAUUCUCUGCUCUCUCAGAUGAUCAUUUACUCUCCAUCUUGUUCCUACUUUAAUUACCUCAUUCUCUAUUUUAUUCCAAAGCAAAUUUCAAGUUGCCUUUCUUUUUUAAGACUUAAAUAUCUCUUAUUUACACUUCUCUCAUUUUCUCCUCUAAAGCACUCGUGAUAGACGCCCACAACUUGCUUCUUUUAAAUAGAACGUGUAGCUGAAAAUUACCCAUCUAAAUUAAAGCCAACUUCUCUUCACUACUCCGCCGUCAAAACAGAAAUACUGUAUCCCUUUCUUUUUCAUCUUUAAAUCUUCACCCCUUGUUAUGUUAUGUUAUGUUAUGUUAUGUUAUGUUAUGUUAUGUAGCUGUACAGUACCUAUGCAUAUACCUUUGUUGUUACUUGAUAAUUAUUAUUUACUGCAUUAGAACUAGAUUUGCACUUUUUGAGGAUGAAUUUCAAUAAAGACAAGAGCCUGAGCACGCUGAUGUGACAUUUACUGUCGUUUGCCCAGACUGCCAAAUCUGCCUCUGGUGCAGAUUUUGUCUGGUGAUGAAAGAAGAUCUUUGCUAUAUUUGUCAUAACAGAAAAUAAAAUAAUACAAUAAAAUGGUAGACGUGUGAAAGUUCUGGGUAUUGGGAGACUUUUGGUAAGACUGAAUGUGUGAAGGAGGGAUUGAGAUAAGCUUGCGAGAUGAUAUUUCAGUGUCUGUAUUAUCUGUUGAUUGUAAAUGCAAACAGCAGUUUAAUGAUAUUCUUUACAUGCUUAAUGUUAGCUCUGAGUUGUCUUUCAAGUUAUUAAGUAAAAGCUUUAUCGCUCUCCUAGAAAGCAACCUAAUCAAAGUUUACAGUGCUGUUUUAUACACCUUAAUCUACAGUAAGUAAAAUAUAUAUAUAUGAUAAAGUACUAGAGGCAUAAUUUAAAAGUAAACUCUUUCCAAUUCCAUUUACUUUGUGUUUUUCAGUGUUAUUAAUAUAAAAGCCGUCAUGAUUUUUGUGUGUUUGUCCGCAAAUGUUUUUAGCUGUCUUUGAUCAGAGGGACCUCUUGCGCUGGAGUAACGUGAGAGUGAGGCUAACAAGUCCUUUUAGGGGAAGUGUAGAGAAAGGUCAAAAAGGUAUACGUUGUUUUAUUAGAGGACUGCAUGUUUUUGAAUCUUUGUGUAAGUCCAGGCAAAGGACAGAAUAUUCAGUAUUAUCAAAUAAAAAACACAAGUUUGAAAGAGUA